AUGUCAUCUUCGACAGUGGCAGGAUCAGUUUCAGGAAGAGAUAGAUCCAUUUCGAAUUCUAAUGUUCAUUCGGAUAUAGCAUCAGUGUCUGCUACAGAUGCAAAUGCAACCACUUCUAGCAAACCUUAUAAUUCUUCAACUCCUGUUGGAUCGGCCGGAGGAUCAUCAUUUCCAGCGGCAAUUAAUCAUGACAUACCUCCAGAUAUGAGUUUAUUAUUACAGAAACUUGAAGAGGAUUUUACGGUCAAUAAGACAAUAGACCAAUGGACAUAUAUCAAUAGAAGAGAAGAAAUUAUGCAAUCAGUCAAUAAGUUACAUGAACAACAGCAAAGCAAUAUCGAGCUUGAUUCCAGCAUGUUAGAAAAACCGUUAUAUCCACGUAGAGCAGCUGAAAUUAUGAAUGAGUAUAAUCUUUCAUCUGGGUACCUAAUGGGAAUACUUGCCAGUAGAGCCAGAAUAUACAAGACCGAAAUAGCGUUUUCAGUACUUGAUGCAAAGGGGAAAGAAAUCUCGUCAAUUACGUGGGAAAAGCUAUAUACUAAGGCUGUUAAAGUUGCACAUGAGAUCAACAAAAUGGCACUCAAAAACAGUGAUACAGUGGUGUUAUUAUACAAAGACGGAGAAGUCUGUGAAUUUGCCGUGGCAAUGUUUGGUUGUUUUAUGGCUGGGGUUACAGCAAUUCCUAUUCACCAGGAUAUUUCUUUGCAUGAGGUAUUGGAUAUAAUUAAUUUAACGUCAACUAAAUUGGUUUUGUAUUCUGAUAUUGUGGCGAAAGAGUUGGAUAAGUUGAAUGCAACAGGCCAAAAAAUAAUUUGGCCCCCUAAGUUGAUACGCUGGAAGACAACAGACUUUGGAUCUGCAAAAAAAUCCGACUUGGCGACAUGGACUAACAAAAUAAAUCAACAGCAACAAGCAUCUCGUGCAUCAAAAUCAGAUUUGGCAUAUGUUGAAUUUUCAAGAUCACCCGUUGGCGAGCUAAGAGGGAUCGCUCUAAGCCAUAGAACCAUUGUACAUCAAAUGAACUGUCUUAACAUAACAUUACUGAGUUUGCCCGAAUCUGGUGGAGGUCUUCAAAGAAGUUACAAAGAGUACAAGGGAAAUAAAAAAGUUGUUUUGGCUACCUUGGAUAUAAGGUUUUCUAUUGGGUUAAUUUUGGGAAUAUUGUUUACUGUAUACUCGGGUAAUAUGCUUGUUUGGGUACCUCAGAAAGUAAUGGAAGUUCAAGGUUUAUAUGCCAAUAUUUUAUCGAAGUGUCGAGCAUCAUUAUUAUUAGCAGACUAUCUUGGGUUGAAAAGAGUUACGUAUGAUUAUCAGCAAUCUCCUAAUUCCACAAGAUAUUAUUCUAAAACUCAGAAAGUUGAUUUCUCUUCAGUGAAAUGGGUUUUAGUCAAUGCGUUAACAAUUGACGGUGAAUUUAUCGAAAUCUUGGCUCAAAGAUAUUUAAGACCACUAGGAUGUCAAGAACCGGAAAAUGCAAUCAUACCCAUGUUAACUUUGAGCGAAUAUGGUGGUAUGGUUAUUUCAUUGAGAGAUUGGCUAGGCGGAAAAGAAAAAUUAGGUAUUGAGAACGAUGGCGAGGAAGCUUCAUCGAGCGAUUUAUCGGCCGUCUCGAUAGAUAAGGAAGCAUUAUCGAGAAAUAUAGUGAAGGUUGUUGAUACUGCGCCAUCAACUUCAGACGAAAAUUCUGCGGAUACUUUAAGAGUUGAUGCGUUUGGGUUUCCAUUGCCUGAUGCAACAUUGGCAGUUGUCAAUCCUGAACUGUCUCUAUUGGUAACAAAAGGUGAACUUGGAGAGAUUUGGAUAGAUAGUCCUUGUCUUUCUGGGGGAUUUUAUGGUUUGCGAAAGGAAUCAAAGCUGAUUUUCCAUGCUAAAUGCCGUGACGCCAAUGGGACACUUGAAAUGGACUUUUUGAGGACAGGAUUACUCGGAUUUACUUACAAUGGCAAAAUUUACGUACUAGGGCUAUACGAAGAUAGGGUUCGUCAUAGAGUAAGUUGGAUUGAUCAAAAAUUAUAUUAUAAACUAAAGAAAAACUUGAUUAUAGGAAAUGGUUUCAGAUAUCACUAUUCAUCUCAUUUACUAGCAACAUUAGCCAGCGAAGUUAGAAAUGUAUAUGAUUGUACUAUAUUUGAUGUGUUUAUAGGUAAUGAGUAUUUGCCAGUUGCAAUUAUUGAAGCAGAAGUUAUUAGAAAGCUUAGUGACGACCCCAACAACAAUGAUAAUUCUGUAACUGGGGGAGGGAAGAAUCAAACAGGCUCUGGUGAUGGCGGCCAAGCAAACUCAGCGGUGCCUUUGAAUGAGCCAGUAUUGAAUUCCAUUGCGCAAAAAUGCUUUGAUACUUUGUAUAAGCAUCAUUUUUUAAGGUUAUACUGUGUUUUAAUCGUUGAUUGUGAUACAUUACCUAAAAUUAUGAGAAGUGGUGGAAGAGAGAUUGCAAAUAUGCUUUGCAAAAAGAGAUUUUUAGAAGGUUCUUUAAGGGCAGAAUACGUUAAAUUUUUUGUCAGCAAAUCAAUAAGUAUGAUUCCACAUGGUGAAGACGUAAUUGGCGGUAUUUGGUCUCCUUACGUCUCAAGAUUAAGGAACUCUGCAUUAACUAGAUUCCCAAAUCAAUUUUCAGCAAUUGAUUACCGCGAGAAGUCCUUAGAUGACAAAACUGGUGCGCCCUUAACAGAUUUUAAAUCAAUCAUAGAUAUUUUGAAAUUCAGAGUAGCUAGCGCAGGAGAUGCUAUUGCAUUUCAAAGCAUCGAUAAUAGUGGAAAAUCUGCAUCGAAGCCAUUAACCUGGAAGAAAUUUGAGAAUAGAGUCUACGCAGUUUGUAGUUAUUUGAUUGAUAAGCUUUCUAUUAGACCUGGAAAGUAUAUCAUUUUGAUGUAUUCAUUAUCAGAAGAAUUUGUUAUCGCCGUUUAUGCCUGCUUGAUAUGUGGUGUAAUCCCAAUUCCUAUGUUACCGUUUGAUUCUAACAGAAUUGGAGAGGAUUUUCCAGCUUUUGUGGGAGUUAUAAGGGAUUUCGAUGUCCAUGAGAUAUUUGUAAAUGAGGAAGUUGAGAAGUUCUUGAAGAAUGGCCCAGUUGCCGAUGCGUUAAAGAAGAUGAAUAAUAAAAAAUCAAGAAUCCACAAAAUUAAGAACACCGGUAAAUUGACAAAAGUUUCAAACAUUGCAUCAUUAAAUUCUAAGAUAAAGAAAUAUCAAGGGGAAGCUAAUUUUCGCGAUGACAGGACAAUUGCAAUGGUUUGGUUAAACUUCACGUCCGAUCAUUAUAGAGUAGGUGCUACUUUGAGCCAUAAAAAUAUCAUUGGAAUUUGUAAAGUGUUCAAAGAAACCUGCAACUUAUCGUCGAGUUCAUCCAUAGUUGGAUGUGUCCGUCAUUCAUGUGGAAUUGGACUUGUACAAGCUGUAUUUUUGGGGGUAUUUUUGGGAACAACGACAUACUUAAGUUCACCUGUUACUUUCGCCGAAAACCCUUUGGCAUUUUUCCUUUCAUUAGCACGUCAUAAGGUUAAGGAUGUCUUCGUGACCGAACAAAUGUUGAAAUACGCUGCAUUAAAGUUCACACCAAAAGGAUUUAAUUUGGCUAAUUUGAAAAAUAUGAUGAUAAGUACGGAAGGAAGAGUUGAAAUCGAUUUAUUAAGAAAAAUUGCUAAAGUUUUUCAACCUACAAAAUUAAGUGCAGCUGCUAUGUCAUCAGUUUAUACCCAUUGUUUUAAUCCAAUUAUUUCCACAAGAUCAUAUAUGACAGUUGCACCCGUUGAUUUAUAUCUAGACCCUAUCGCUUUGAGACAAGGAUACAUUUCUGCAGUAAAUCAAGUUGACGUGCCAAAUGCCUUACAUAUUCAAGACUCGGGUAUGGUACCCGUUUGUACAGAAAUUGCUAUUGUUAACCCUGAGAAUAAUAUGAUCUGUAAAGAGGGCGAAUUUGGUGAAAUCUGGGUUUGCUCAGAGGCUAACCUUACUUCAUUUACUAAUGGACCAAAUGGUCCAGUUGAUAACUUCACUAAGCAGCAGUUUUUAGGAAAAAUUCAAAAUGGUAACCCUGAAAUGACUUAUUUGAGGACAGGUGAUUUAGGAUUUUUGCACCACAUAUCAAUAACUAAGAAUAGCAAUAAUGAUAAUACCAAUCAACCAGAUAAUACCUCGUUCCAGCCCCUCUUUGUCCUUGGAAAAAUAGCUGACACUUUUGAGGUAAUGGGACUACACCAUUUCCCAAUUGAUAUUGAAAAUACUAUUGAGUCUUGCCAUGUUGAUAUCUUCAAGAAUGGUUCAUGUAUUUUCAAAUGCGCUGAAUACACUAUUGUUGUAUGCGAAUCGAGAAGGAUGAGAAAUUUUGCAUCUUUGGUCCCAUUGAUAGUAAACACAGUUCUCAGCAAACAUCAUGUUAUAGUUGAUAUUGUAGCAUUCAUGAAGAAGGGAGAGUUCCCAAUAUCAAGAUUGGGUACCAAACAAAGAGCUAGAAUAAUAGAUGCAUGGGUUCAAGGUAUUCUUCCUGUUACAGCACUGUACGGAGUUAAUUAUGGUGAAAGCAACAUGACUAAGCUUGUAAAAGAAAUUGAUGCUGUCGCCAGAGACCAUCCUAUAACAGGCUUAAAGAAUCCAGCUCUAUCUUUCUAUGAUCUUGAUUUAGUUGAUGAAUACGAAGAUAUUUUUGAUGGAAACCAACACGGUUUGGCCCUUAAUGAUGGUGCUUUUGAUGCUGUUGACAAGAGAAAAGCAAUUUUUUCAGUGUCAAAUAAUAGUUCAGUCUCUGAUGAAUCAUUGCCUGUUCACAAGUGA